AUGGCUGCAGCAAAGAAUAGUGGUAAAUCCAAGAUGGUUGUUAAUGACGAGACACAGAAGAUGACAACAGGCCAAGAUUGGGAGACUGUCAAAGGCAAUGAUCUUGAUUUGGGGUUCGAGAGGCGGCAAUGGAAGCCAGUUUUUGAUGAAGCUUCCAUGUCACAAACACCUCUCAAGAAGAUCCGAAGCCCUGAACAUCAAGGCCCUGCCGAGCCCUCUGCUUCGUUGGCUCAUCAGUCCUCGUCGUUCUCUGCUCUAUCCUCUGUUUCUACUAGUUCGCCUUCUUCUCUAACUCUUUGCCCACCUUCUUCUUCUUGUUCAUCCAAUGCUUCUUUACCAUCUUCUAGAUUGGUUUUUCCUUUUGCUUUUGAUGCUUCCCAUCAGCCAAUUUACUUUCCUCAACAAUACAGAAAUACUCCGACUCUUAUGCCAAUCUUCUGCCCAUCGUCACAAAAUCAGCAAUACACAAUUUCCUUUAAUCCUGAGCAGCAGCAGCAACAUCGUUUUGUUUAUCGUCCAUUUUUUGCUGGAGAAUCAUCUUUACCACCUCAUCAACAGCAGCAGCAGCAGCAGCAGCAACUUCUUCGUUGCUGUAGUGAUGCAUUGAAUUUGAGUCCAAGGAGGAUGAUGAUGAUGAGCAGAUUGGGGCAGGACGAUAGACAAUUGCUCAGGCCGCCAGUGCAGCCUAUAAAUACGACCAAGCUUUACAGAGGCGUGAGGCAAAGGCAUUGGGGUAAAUGGGUAGCCGAAAUUCGUCUUCCUCGAAACAAGACUCGCCUUUGGCUUGGCACCUUUGACACAGCUGAAGAUGCUGCCUUAGCCUAUGAUCGCGAGGCAUUCAAGUUGAGAGGAGAGAAUGCAAGGCUCAAUUUCCCUGAGCUUUUCCUCGGUAAGGAUAAAGAUACGUCCACAGCUCCAAGUUCAAUAGUUUCCUCUCCACGAACUCUUCAUGAAAGUUCAAAACCAAACCAGAACCAGAAUCUCCCAAAAAAUGAACAGGAAGGCCUAAAUUUGCAAUCUGCAAAAAUGGAAAUGAUGCCGCCACCAGCACAGCCUCAAGGAGAUAAUCCUGACAGUGAUUCAGGGAUGGGUUCCAGUGAGGCUACAGCCAGUGAUGAGGUGCAGAUGACAACAGAGGGUCCUGGAACAGGGGAAGGCGUUUCUGGUUCUCAUGAAUUGGUGUGGGGAGAUAUGACAGAAUCUUGGUUCAAUGCAAUUCCAGCAGGUUGGGGUCCUGGUAGUCCUGUUUGGGAUGAUUUAGAUACCACAAACAAUCUUCUUUUCCCCUCAAAUCUUACUUUAGCGAGUCAAAACCAACAGGAAUUUAGUGAUUCUGAUCUCCAAAAACAACAAGAUAGUUCUGCUUCUUCUUCUUCGGCUUCUUGUCCUAUGAAACGCUUCUUUUGGAAAGAUCAAGAUUGAUAGGUCAUCCAUAGAACCCAGAUUUUUAGGGUAUAGCCUUACAGGACAGAUC